UCUAAAGCAUUACUCCAAGCCACCUCCAGCUGAAAGAAGGGAAAAUGUGGCGACAGAGAAAUAUUGUAUAUGGUUUGGUGUUUCAGUUAUUGUAGUUGGACUGGUGGAUUGAUAUUUAUAGCGUCCUGUUGGAACCAUUUAAGCUGGGUUAAGCAAACCUAAAAAUAAAGGCAAAUCACAAUGGGAAAUUUAUUAACGAAUGGAAAAUUAGAAGUUUGGGACAUCGUGGUUAUCAUCAUUCACUUUGCCGCCGUGUUCUCAAUUGGAAUAUGGGCAGCAUGGGGAGGAGGAAAAGACAAUACAAGUGGCUACUUCUUGGCGGGACGACAGAUGCCAUGGUAUCUCGUAGGUUUAUCGCUUGUCGUGACGAACAUCGGUAGUUCGACGUUUAUCGGAGUCUCCGGGACGGCAUCCAUAUCGGGAUAUGGAGUGGUCAUAUACGAAUUCCAGGCCUUAAAUUGUUUGCUGUUAUUGGGAUUCAUCUUUGUGCCUGUGUACUUCGCGUCAGAGGUUUCGACGGUCCCUGAAUACCUCAAACUCCGAUUUGGAGGGGAUCGUCUUCAAAUCUUCAUCUCCAUUAUCAAUCUCAUCAUGGCGAUCGUCAUCAUGUUAUCGGGAGAGAUGUACGCUGGUUCCUUGGUCAUUCAACAAUCCUUAGGAUGGGACAUCUAUACAUCUAUCAUCGUCCUGCUCCUCCUGACCGCUGUGUAUACGGUGGCAGGUGGAUUAAAAGCAGUCAUCUACACGGAUGCCAUCCAAGCUGUUGUCAUGACGAUUGGUGCCUUUAUUUUAAUGGGAAUCGCUUUCUCGGAGAUCGGCUGGUCCAUGGAGACCCUUCGUCUCCGUUACAUGUCGGCAAUCCCCAACACCACCCAGAUCUACGGAAACACCACCUGCGGAAUGCCCACUGAGGAAACAUGGCAUAUCUUCCGUGAUGCUAAGACAUCGGACCUCCCCUGGCCGGGAUCUAUCUUCGGUACCCUCAUCCUGGGAUGCUACUUCUGGUGUACAAACCAGGUGAUUGUUCAACGUACUCUUGCGGCAAGAAAUGUGACCCACAGCAAGGCCGCAUGUAUAAUGACCGGAUACUUCAAGAUCCUUCCCAUGUUCUUGAUGGUCAUCCCUGGCAUGAUCAGCCGAACUAUGUGGCCAGAUGAAAUCGCUUGUGUCGAACCAGAAGUUUGUGAGAAAGCUUGUGGAAAUCCAGCAGGGUGUUCUAACAUCGCAUAUCCAAGACUCGUAGUUGAACUGAUGCCGACAGGACUUCGCGGGUUGAUGCUGGCGACGAUGUUGGCAGCUAUGAUAAGUUCGUUGACCUCCAUCUUCAACGCCGCCAGCUCGAUGUUCGUCAUCGACGUAUGGUACAAGAUCAGACCGAGAUCGACAGAGCUCGAGCUCGUUAUCGUUGGAAAAUUGGCAACGAUUGUUCUGGUAGCAGUAGGUGUAUUAUGGAUUCCUGUAAUUCAAGCGUAUGGUUCUGGGGAGCUCUUCGUGUACAUGCAAGCCAUCUUGUCCUACCUUACUCCUGCUGUAUUCUCGGUCUUCUCGGCAGCUGUUGCUUGGCACAGAAUCAAUGAAACGGGUGCUUUCUGGGGGCUGGUGUGCGGUUUCAUGGUUGGACUGACCCGGUUCGUCCUAGAUUUCGUCUACGGUGUUCCGUCGUGUGGGCAACCCGACAGUCGACCCGACAUCGUCAGGGAUUUCCACUUUCUUCACUUUGCUGCAUUCCUCUAUGGAUUCUCCCUCAUCCUUGUAGUGGUAAUCAGCUUGUUCACCGAGCCCAUUCAUCCUCAAAAGUUGGUACGACUGACAUUCUGGACGCGAUUCUCGAAUCUUCCGAGAAUGGCGAUGUCCGAGGAAAAGGCAGAAGAACAAAAGAAGAAUGAUGCAAUUCGUGCAGAAAAACAAAAAGAAGCCGCAAUCAGAGCUCAGCAGAGGACGGGCCUUAAGUGGAAGGCCUGGAACAUCCUUUGUGGGAUCAGCGGAUCACCGGCGGACCAGGAGGAAGAACAAGACGAGGAGUCCCCCCAACAAGAAAUGAGAGCUACUGCUUAUGAGGAUCCUAAAUGGGCUAAAGUAGCCAUGUUCAAUGGAGUGAUUUUAGGAGCCGUUUGUAUAUUUAUUCUGUCGUACUAUGGUUAAUGAUUCAAUUCUCCCUUGAAAAAAAGAUUUACAAAAUGUACUACUGAAUAAAUAUUUACGGAAUAAAAUGACUUUUUUCUUUUAUGGUCUAUACCGAAACGUUGGCACAUUUUCCCGAAACA